AUGUUAGACUUAUCACAUCAAUCCCAAUCAAUUCAAGUUGCUUUUGAUAAGCAAUCUGAGAAACAAAGAAAUGAGCACCGAAUUCGUUUAAAUGCAUCAAUCGAUGUUGCAAGGUUCCUCUUGUACUUUGGAUUGUCUUUUAGAGGUCACGAUAAAAGUGAUUCUUCAAAAAAUAAAGGCCUUUUUCUAGGGCUUUUGGAAUGGCUUGCAAAGAGGCUCCCUCAAGUGGAUAGAGUCAUAUUGAAACAUGCUCCAAAAAAUGAUAUGAUGACUUCGCCAAAAAUUCAAAAGGACAUUGUGGGUGCUUGUGCACAAGAAACCGUGAAAGUUAUAAUCAAUGAUUUAGAUGGGGAUUAUUUCGGGAUAUUAGUUGAUGAGUCCAAGGAUAUUUCACACCAUGAACAAAUGGCCCUCGCUUUGCGGUAUGUUGACAAAAAAGGCCAAGUGAACGAGCCAUUUAUUGGUCUUGUUCGUGUUGGUGAUACCUCUGCAAAAUCGUUGAAGGAAGCAAUACUUUCUUUGCUUAUGAAACACUCAUUAAGUCCAUCCAAAAUACGCGGACAAGGGUAUGAUGGAGCUAGUAAUAUGCAAGGAAAAAUGAAUGGUCUUAAAGCUUUAAUUUUGCAAGAAACUCCUUCGGCACAUUGCAUUCAUUGUUUUGCUCAUCAAUUACAGUUGACGCUUGUAGCGGUUGCUAAAAAACAUAAGGAGGUGAAAACUUUCUUUGCUAUAGUUUCUAAUGUCUUGAAUGUGAUUGGAGUAUCCUUUAAACGUAGAGAUAAACUUCGGGACCAUCAAGCAGAAUUAUUAGAGCAGUUGCUAGAGAGUGGUGAAGUUCAAAGUGGGAAAGAAUUAAAUCAAGAACGAGGGCUUCAAAGGCCAGGUUCCGAGGCUAAUGAUAGAUUGCAAGCAGAAGUCUUUUUGAGUAAAAUUAAUUCAUUUGAAUUUGUGUUCAUGCUUCACUUGAUGUUGAAGGUAUUAUUGAUGUCGAACGAGCUGAGUAAAGCUUUACAGAAGAAAGAGCAAGAUAUUGUCAAUGCCAUGAUAUUUCUUAACCUUACAAAGGAUAGGUUGCAACAAAUGAGAAAUGAAGGAUGGAAAUCAUUAAUGGAUGAAGUCUCUUUGUUUUGUGCUAAACAUGACAUUUUGGUGCCCAAUAUGGAAGAAUUCUAUAUUCCUGGAAAGUCAAAGCGUAGGCCUUCUAGUGAGCUUAACAGUCAUUUUGAUGUUGUUAGUGGUAACUUGCUUCUUGGUAUGGCUAGCUUGAAUCCAGCUAAUUCGUUUGCUAAUUUUGAUAAGGAAAGAAUAAUGACAUUGGCCAAGUAUUAUCCAGAUGAGUUUGGUGAAUUGAAGCUUCGAGAUCUUAGUCACCAACUUGACACUUUCAUAUUGCACAUGAAACAUGGUGACCCUAGAUUCUCGGAUUUGAAAGGAAUUGGUGAUUUGGCAAAAGCGUUGGUUGAAGCAAAUCUUGUGGAGGCAUAUUCACUUAUUUAUUUACUUAUAAAGUUGAUUCUAAUUUUACCUGUCACGACUGCAACGGUAGAAAGAGCAUUCUCAUCCAUGAAGUACAUCAAAGAUGAAUUGCGUAGUAGUAUUGGUGAU